AUGGAUUUCAUCAAAUCAUCCACUUCUUCAUCAACUAAUAAGAGCACAAAACCAAGAAAGAACAAUGGUGCUAGUACUCAAAGUGUCAAGCAAAAGGCAGAGGAACAACAGAGCAAUAUUCGAUAUCUAGGAGUGAGGCGAAGGCCAUGGGGUCGAUAUGCUGCAGAGAUAAGAGAUCCCACCACGAAAGAAAGGCAUUGGCUCGGGACAUUUGACACUGCUCAAGAAGCCGCAUUGGCCUAUGACAGAGCUGCACGCGCCAUGCGCUCUAACAACAAAUCUAACAAACCAACUCGAACUAACUUUGUCUACUCAGACAUGCCACAUGGCUAUUCUGUCACCUGUAUAGUCUCCCCAGAUGAGGUUUAUCAACACCAACAACAACAGAUAUUGGUCUUUGGUCAGGCCGAGAAUGCUCCUGCUCCCACGGUCGAUUGUGGGGCCCGCUUCAGUCACUUUUCCGCCAGCAACAUGAAUAAUGUUGGUGGCGACAGUGGUAGUGGUGGUGCAGAUUUCGCGUUACAACAAUACUACUGUAACCACAACUACGACAUGCAUAUGGAAGACAGUUACAGGUACGACAGUAAUAAUACAACGUCAAUAGAAUUGCCACCAUUGCCAGAUGAUAUAACAAGCAGUGGCAACAACUGUUACUACUUCAAUGAACAAAGUACACAACUUCCAAUAACAACAAUUUCAGAAAUGGGAUACAACAACAGCAACAACAAUGACAGUUUGAAUGAAAUGAUAAUUGGUACAAAUAAUGAAUAUCAAUAUGGAGGAAGUACAAUCACUACAACAAGCGGUACAACUGCAACAGCUGGGAGUUUUAGUUAUUUUGGUUUUGAUGAUUGUUUACAGCCACUGCAAUGCAGUAGUAACAUGCAAGAUAAAUCCAACAAUAAUAGUUUGGCUUAUUGGUUCUCAUGA